AAAAUAAUUCAAUCUAAACACGUUGGGAGCAUGAAAGUAGCAAAUUUGGGUAUAGUUACGAGGGAUUUGAUUCAUUUUCCAUCCAUUUGGCAUGAAGUUCCAUGAUGGCAAGAAAUUUACGUACUUUAGUUCCAAAGGUUUAACCGGAUCUCAUCUAAAUAUUCAGUGAAAAUCUGUUACUGCGAACAUCUCACAUUUCCCCAAUGAUUAACAGAUUCAGCCCUUCUGGCAUGACAACAUUGCUUAUUCUAGAAAGUGUAGGAUGCUCAAGGAAUUUGCUUAUGGUUAGUGCUAACUGCUAACCCUUGGAUUGCACAACUUUUAUCACAAUGACAACCUUGUACCGCAGUGGGACUUUCAGAAGAACGAACAAUAGAUCCAGACUAGUUAUAACGACAAUUAUGGGAAUGGUUUUAGGAUAUUUUAUUGGCAUUUCAUCUCCUUAUGUUUCUCUAACAAAAAUUAGCAUACCUUCAAAUCUUAUAUCAAAUCUAGCAUUUGGCGAUGACCAUCGUAGACCUUCUAUUGAACGCUUUUUUCCAGAGCAUCUUAUAACUCCACAGAUAUAUGUUCCAACAAAUCCUCGAGGUGCAGAGUCCUUGCCACCACGGAUUGUGGUCCCUGAAUCAAAUUUUUAUCUGAGAAGGUUGUGGGGUGACCCAAGUAAGCGUCAUUUGGAGAUUUGCAUUAACAGAAAGGAGAAGCAUGAUCUACUAAAGAAGCCAAAGUACUUGGUGACAUUUACUGUUGGUUUGAACCAAAAGGACAACAUUGAUGCAGCUGUUCAAAAGUUUUCAGAGGAUUUUCAAAUUUUGCUUUUCCAUUAUGAUGGUCGAACAAGUGAGUGGGAGGAGUUUGAGUGGUCCAAGCAUGCAGUUCAUAUCAGUGUUAGGAAGCAGACCAAAUGGUGGUAUGCAAAGAGAUUUUUACAUCCUGAUGUAGUAGCUGCCUAUGAUUACAUUUUUAUAUGGGAUGAAGAUCUUGGAGUUGAGAACUUCAAUGCAGAGAAGUAUAUUAGACUUGUUAAAAGACAUGGUCUUGAGAUUUCUCAGCCUGGUCUUGAACCCAACAGUGGACUGACAUGGCAAAUGACUAAGAGGAGGGAUGAUAGAGAAGUUCAUAAGAAUACUGAUGAGAAACCAGGCUGGUGCAGUAAUCCACGUUGGCCUCCUUGUGCAGCUUUUGUUGAAAUAAUGGCUCCUGUGUUCUCUCGAGAAGCAUGGCGAUGUGUUUGGCAUAUGAUUCAGAAUGAUUUGGUGCAUGGAUGGGGAUUGGAUUUUGCAUUGAGAAGAUGUGUAGAGCCUGCUCAUGAAAAAAUUGGCGUUGUUGAUUCGCAGUGGGUAGUACAUCAAUUUGUCCCUUCUCUUGGGAGUCAGGGUGAGACUGGGAAUGGCAAAGCUCCUUGGGAAGGGGUAAGAGAGAGGUGUACAAAUGAGUGGGCUAUGUUUCAAGAUCGUUUAGCCAAUGCUGAUGAAUCUUAUUUUGUCCAACAUGGAAAGAGUAGAAUAUAAAACUCUUUCAAUUACUUUCGAAAGUCAUAUUUUUUUUCUUUCUAGUGUGCAACAUAUUUAAGUUUCCAAUGUUAACUAUAACCCUAAUGACAUGAUUAAGGUAUUUCCCUGAUAUAGUAAAAUCCAAGUGAGAAUGGUGGAUUAAUACGUUUAAA